AUGCUCAUACUGGCAGAUGCUCUUCUCGAAGACACAAUGGUCGACAUUCAGUUCAGACUGAAGGCUUUUGAACACAAACGACUGGGCUAUAUGAUUUCACAGCCGGUUAAUUACACGGCCAUUGUAAGUAAGCGGCAUAAGCGAUGCAAGUUUUCAGAUUUUAUACUUAAUCACUCUACUUGAAAUUAGUUUGCGUUAGAAACAUGUGGAUAAACGCUCUAAGUCCACUUUCGAAGCUUAGACAAUCAUAAAUUAACUAAAGAUCACCUAUCUACUGAAGCACUUAAGUUUGCACUCCAUGAGUCCUAGUAUGGAAUCGUUGGUUGGCCUGUGACAUCAUGAUUGUAACAGAUGUAACCUGACUACUUCAUACAUAAGACAUUUGCAUCGACUACUUCCCUUUAUUAUCGAAGACGCUUAAGGGUUUUAGAUAAAACAACGGGGAACGUUUCAAAAAGGACCAGUUUCCUCAACAAUAAAAAGCGUAAAUUAUGUGUCCAAUCGAACUUCACAGAAAUAUUUCUAAAAGGGAUUUCAAUUUAUACUCUGUGAUACUUCCCGCAUUCUGCAAAAUAUUGUCUAUACCAUCAGAGCGCUGGUGAUAUUCAACGUAAGUGUGGCAUACGCCCAUUCCUCCUGAGUAGACUUUCAGGAGCGCUAGACACUAAAACGGCAGCUGACAUUUCCAUGCCCUUCGUAAAACCUUAUGUCCAGAUGUAAAUCCAGCCGGACUUUUCUUUUUUUCUGGCGACGCCUCCGCCUUUGCUGUUGUGAUGUUCCUCCAGCGAUGUUGAAUUUAAGUGUCUGUUUUAUUUUGUAGUCGCGGCUGAUAUUAGUCAGUCUUAGGCAAUUUCUGAAGGACAAUUGAAAAAAAUUAACAUCUGUCAUUUCACUUGGAUCUGAAAUUAAAAUGUGCGCAAAUUUACCACCAUAGAACUAUUCAAUCGCGUUCUUUGUCUAUGAUUGUAUAUCGUCUAAUCCGUUGUGUCUGUCUGAAGAGACAGCGUUCCGAAUAUCUACUUGAGGCUAAUCCGAAAGACUCAAUGCUGCCAGUACAAUAGACGGGCACAAUUUUAGCAUUUUGAUCACAAGGGAAAACUGUUAUUUUCAAUGUCAUUAAAAAUACUUCAUUCAGAUGAAGAUCAUUUCACUUGGACAGCAGGGAUAGGAUUUGACGGUUCUAUUGAUGUGUACUUCGGUUGAGGAUUGCGAACAAGAGGAGGCGGGAGGAUACGAACAGAAUAGGUCGUAGCGUUGAGUAAUUUACCACCUCCACAGACAUUUGUAGUAAGUUGGUGUUAACUUGGACAUUAAGGCAUUGUGGAAUCACGGAUAAUAUAGGUAGUGGGGGAGAAUAAUAUCAAUAACAAAGAAGGGUCCCAUCAUGAAACAAAAGCACUGUCAUCGUGUGUCUAUAGGUGGUACCGAUCUGUAGAAUAGUAUCGGGUAACCGUAGUUAUAGGGUGUCCCAUGUGAAGCCGGUCGAGAUAGUCUAUUUCACAACCACAAAUAUCUCUUAGAUAGACUCUCCCCAAAAUAUGUGAGGCAUGGAACUUCUUGUGUUUAAAAGCGUAGUUACAUGCCGCUAAAUGGUAAGUGUCAAAGCGGCGAGUUUCGAGUCAAAGCAUACGAAAGCGGUGUCCAUUUGACAUAACAAAUGAAGCGAGGCCUGUGGAAACAUACGUGUUUGCCUUAUAGACCAUCAGAAAAUACGGCAGAGGGAUGUCUGAAUUAUGGGGACUGUGGUGUCCUGAAAAAGCUUACAUGAGGCUGGACGAACUAGGGUUAGUAUGGUCUGUCUGGUUAUUGUUUCCGGUUCGCGCCAAUGCUGCCCGUUUCCAGUUAGUUAGGAGAAGGCCGCCAAAGUCCAUCAGUAUACUGCAUUUAAAAUUUGCUUUAAAGCCGACAUGUAAAUUGACGGGGCUCCAAACCGACGAAUCCAUACUUAGAGCAGUGAGGUUGUAAUGAAAUCGGCGUCCUGCCUGCAUACGGCAACGACCUCUGUCCAUCUCGAGAUAAAGCGGACAACAGAAUAUAGCGGUUGCUGGUAGGUGAGUAUGGUCACGGUCUAACGAUGUCAGUACCUUAUAGGUAUUAUUUUCAAGAGUGAUAUACGUUGAAGACAUGCCAAGACUAGGAGUUGGUACAUCCUCAAUAAUGUGUUUUGUGCCUGAUAGGUAUUGGCAUGCAAAGUAGCAUGUUUGCAAUAUCUCUUGUCAUACUAUCGGCUAAUCCUUAACAUCCUUCAUGUUUAACUUUCAGUGGAGCGCUUCAUGAUGUGAGUGAUUAAUAGCGACAUCUGUUGGCAUGAUAGGGCUAAAACUGCUUGGCGAAUGUUAUCCAUUCCGGCGGUUCAGGGCAAGAAGCACAGUAUUUUUGUAACAGAUUUAGAAAGUUUGUAUGUUAGGCCAAUUGGACAGUCGGGGCCCUACGCAACAUACUGUAGAAGAAUUCCACUUAAGGCAAACCCAUUAGCAUCGCCACUGAUUGCGAAAGCGGCAUCGGUUUGCGUGUGUUGUGUAAUCAGAAUAAGUGCAGUGACGGUUUGUAAAUGCAAAUAGACAUUCGUCGGUUUACUUAAAUAACCAUUCUCUCUCUGUCUAAUAUACAUCUUAAAAAACGUCUGGUGACUAAUUUAACCUUACAGAGAACGAUUUCAGUCGGCUACUGGAAAUGCGAGAGCAGUACAACUAUGGACAGACUACUAUCAGCCAAGCGUACCUCCAGCAGCUUUGCAAUAAUCCAGUCAAAACUGAAAGUUGCAGACGAACUUUACGGGGAAUGUCAACAGAGGGCUUUUCGAGGAACUCCACUAAUGGAAUCAGCCAAUCUUUUGCUUCAGGUCGGUUGCGUGCUGCUAACAUAUUCCUUCUUUGUAAUUAUUCUGAGACGGCAUCUAUUUAUCACGAUUGUUUCAGUGGCUUCGGCGCUUAUAUCCCUUUCUCUUCUUCAGUUUUACUUUGCUUUGUUUGAGCAAGCAGGAUGUCUCGUUAAUAAGCAGGAAAAACGGACGUAUGAGGGUAAAGUCCAAAAUCUUUGGCGAGGUGUUCUUUUCGAAGUCACGCUUCACGCCACCGGAAGCUCAUCUAAGAGCUUUACUUUUGCCGUCCUUUUUUGUUUUCUGCCCUUGAUGGGACUUGGUUAUGUCAGUUACUUCUUCUUAACAGGUGCUUUGUAAGCUCUCCUCGAGAAGUGGUAAGGUCCACCUAGGACGCCUUCAAAAAAGUGCUUGAUGAGACAGUAUUCCAGGAAUUCUAUUUAAAUUUAAUUCACUUUCACCCCUGACUUGUGUUUGUCUAUAUUAUAUGGGUUUGACUCGAAUAACAGGUGUCAAUGUACAUUCACAAUAUAUGCAUUCCGUGUUGAUAAAAUGAAAUAUAAAAGAGGUUCUUCGGAAAAUCCAGUUGUACUCGUGAAUGUUCGAGCUGGUGACACCAACCCGUCGUCAGACGAAAUGAAAACAAGGGAGAAAGUUAGGUUGUCACAGUAGACCAGUUAGUAUGAUAGGACAGGCAGACCACUGGCGUGUGAGAGGCGCUCCCGAAGUCAAGGUAGGUCCCUGAGUGAGGGGGGUGGGGAAGGGAGAGGAGGCGGAACAACUACGGCACAUUGUGAUGGAGGGGGAGGGUGGGUGGUGUUGCUCCUUGGGGAUGGGAUCCUUCACUCGAGAUAGUGCUGCGCGUAGUGAAGUUGCCGGUUUGCGUAGAACUUCUGAAAUAAUCGCCGGCAGUUCACUCGCUCGGGUAUUCACGUUGCCCACAAACCGGCAGCUUCACUACGCGCAGCACUAUCUCGAGUGAAGGAUCCCAUCCCUAAAGAGCAACAAACGAAUGUAAUUUAUCGCAUUCCGUGCGCUAACUGCUCUUGCGUGUAUGUUGGCCAUACGAGUCGACGCCUAGGCACCGGUAGCAAUGAACACAAAGUAGCUAUCCGUCGGCGAGACCCUCCGUCCCUCGUUUUUACCCAUGCACUCGAGUACGACCAACGAUUAAAUUGGGAUGGCACUGAAGUCGUCACCGUGGCUAUCACAAAGCGAGCGAGGGAAUUUUUCGAGGCUUGGUACUCCAAUGCGGGUAGUAUCAACCGCCACGUUGACAUAGAUGCCCAUUAGGAGGGUCUACGUUCACGACUGACUGCCCCCUGCCCUAAUCACGCACCGAGGACCGCGAAUACAGCCGCCCGCAGUCCAACUGAUUCACCACCCACCCUCAUCCUCUAUCACAGUGUGCCGCAUUUGUUCCGCCUCCAAUCCAUUCUCCACCCCCCUCACUCAGGGACCUACCUUGACCUCGGAAGCCCCCCUCACACGUCAGUGGUCUGCCUGCCCUAUCAUACUAACUGGUCUACUGUGACCUACUGUGCUUUCAUCUAGCCAAUCAUAACCCAUAUAUAUAUCAAUAUGCGUGAAGAUUCGAGGUCCAGAUAUAUAUAUAUAUAUAUCGUAUUUGUCAUCCCCCAAGGAAGAUGAAGAAGAGAAGGUGAUUUCAUGGACUAGAGUAUAUUCAAACUGACGUUUCGGAAACACUCUCGUUUCCAUCAUCAGAGUCGGUCGCUGGCGUUUCCUGCUGGCCUUGAUUUGUUCAGCCUUGUCGCCUGCCUCGUAUUAUAACCGUGCCCGGCGCACGCACGUUGGUUAGCCUGUUUUCCGUUGGCCGAUUGUGGCCUCUGAUCCCAGCCAUUGGCGGACUGGCGUGCCUUGUGUCUCCCUCAUGCCUGACGUGGUUGCCGCUGCGUCGGCGUGCUCGUUGGCCUCCCCCUCGUCAGACGGCGGGCUGAUCGAUUUUCGCUCCUCAGGCAUGGUCUUUCCGCCCUCGCCAGUACGUCCGUGAGAUAGCGUGCCACGCCGGUCACGUGACUUUCGGUCAGCGCCUUCCCUCUCCGCCAGCGUCGGUAGUCGACCCCGUGUGAUUCCUUUAAUCCGUGCCAUAGGCCUUGCCUGGAUCGACUCGAGCCUCGCGCGAAGCGCCUGAUAGGCGGGAUGUAGGUCUAUGGCCCGGUUGAGGGUGCCAGUUGAGGACCAACUUUCCAGCAUCAGUCUGGCCAUUUUGUCAUUGGCUCGACCGACCACCCGCGUUUUCUCGAAAGCGAAAUUGUGGUUCCGUUCCAGCGUGUGGCCAUACACCAACGACAACUUAUCCUUGCGGUUAAUUGCAAGCUGAUGCUCAUGCAAUCUUGUGCCGAGGCGUUUCCCCGUUUCACCAACAUACCUUGCAUCACAAUCUUGGCAUGGUAUGCUGUAAACCACCGCUGAUUAUUCUGUCACCGGCAGCGGGUCUUUGGGCCUCAUUAACUGCUGUCUGAUUGUUGAUGCUGGUUUAUGGGCCACACCGAUUCCAAAAGGUUUCAGAAUUCUUGAAGUCGCCUCUGAAACAUUCUUCACAUAGGGGAUCGAGAGCCAGAGCUUUGGUUUCUCUUCGUUCGACCGCCCAGAGAGGGACUUCCUGAAACACUUGCGUAUGAACGACUUUGGGUAACUGUUGGCUUCAAAUAGGGCCAGUCGACUCUGACCGCGCCCGAGCUGGAAUCCUUGAGGGCGGCAAUCCUCAAUGGAGCACAGCGUCACCGAAAGCUACGCGAUGGUCAACUGUCAGAGAAAUUCAGUAAAUUAUGUCCGCCGAAACAGCCCUCCUCUGAUGGGAUCCUGGUUCACAACCUAUCCUCGCAUCGUCUCACGCAACAACAGCUAGCGGUUUUGUCCUCUGACACCAAGUUAAGCACAAGAGAUGCUCGACCAGAAAACUUCAUCGCAUCCUUCGAAUCAGCGCUCCAGAAGUGCGAGUCAGAUGAAGAACGCAAACACGCCAUGCGGCAACAGGUGUCGUCCUUGCUUCUCCAGCACAAACCCCAAAUGAUGAUUUCCGAAGCUGAAGAACGAGAACUUUUCAACAUACGAAGAAUUAAGAAUAUCGUCACCCUGCCUGCUGACAAGGGGCGCUCGACGGUCGUCAUGGAUAAGACCGAAUAUUGGACUAAACCGGAGAACUUGUUGAUGGACACGGAAUCUUAUGCGCUUUCGAAUGCCAGCGAGUUCAAAAAGCUUGUGAACAGCAUAAACAAGACGGUAGGGAGGUUAAAGAAAACGAACGCCCUCACGAGAAGAGAGGCCCUGUCCGCGAAAGCCACUGACACCGCGAUGGCACGCUUCCACGGCCUGCCCAAGAUACACAAGCCAGGAGUACCCCUCCGCCCAAUCGUCUCUCUGCGUGGCACCCCAACCUUUGGACUGUCAAAGUGGCUAUACCAGCGACUGUAUUUCCUCAUCAAGGACUCGGAGUGGACGGUGAAGUCAGCUGAAGAGUUUUUGACUCGCAUCCGACAUCGUAGAGUGGAGGCAGACGAGGUGAUGAUGUCCUUUGACGUGGUCUCACUGUUCACUUCUAUCCCACCUGACCUGGCCAUCGACACUCUCGACGGACUUCUCCGAGAAAAAUACGACGAGACCGACCAACAGCUUAUAAGAGUGCAUAUCACUCGCUAA